CACGUCGGUGGAGGCUGUGAAGACUCUUUUUUCCAUGCCCGGAUACUGGAAGGAAUUUGCCAGCAUCCAAUUUCAGCAGGGUUGGGACAUGAUAGCCUCACGAUAUUACUACUCGCAGGGUGUUGGCGUGAUUGCAAGAGCCAUGAUUGAGUUUGAGAACCCUCAGCUCCCUGCCAUCUUCAGAGAGGCCAUCACCACUGUUCAAAGGGAGAAGGAGGAGGAGCAGAGAAAUAUCGCCAUAACUUUCUGCACUGAGUUUCUCCAGAGUCCUUCCAUUGAGACAAUAAUGACAAAAUCAGAGCUCCAGGCGCAGCUCAUGGAAUGGACCCAAGAUAAAAACCCCAUUGUACGUCGGCUCAGUCUGCGAGGCCUUGGCAGUAUUGUGCUCCAGCCAGAAAAGGUGCACUCGUUACGGGCCCAGCUGCCAGCGAUCAUGGACAUGUUCUGUGACACGGAUAGAGGGCGUGUCAUGGGGGCCAUGCAUCAAGCUGCAGACAUCAUCUACCUCCUGAAUGCGGAGGGGCUUGGCUCCAUCUCCCAGGACAUUGCAGUCAGCCUUCGCCCCUUCAUUGAUGACGAGAGGGACAGUGUGCGCUCCGCUGCCAUUUUACUGCUUGGCAACGUGGUGAGCAGCGUGAAGGACCCAGACAAACCCAUCGUGCAGCAGAAAAUGAUCCACUGCUUGCUCCCGCUGCUGCUGCACCUUGAAGACCGGGAUGAGAGUGUGACACUGAGAUGCAAACUGACGCUCUUCCGCUGCGCAGUGUUUCUCAGGUGGGCUCAUUUGAAGACGCUGUUCCGCACCAUGGCCUGGGAUGGCUCCACACAGCUCCGGAAGUGUGCCUGGAAGUGCUUGAUGCAGAACAACAAGAGCCACAUCCCCAAAUUCCUGUUCCACGCCUUAGAGUACCUGGAAAGCUCACAGACAACAAUCAGACAUUCUGCAGCCCUGUUCAUUGGUAAGCAGAGCAACUUCACUUGA